AGUUGCUCACAAGUAAUUGACAUUGUACGCGAACUGGAGGAGAAGCAGUAGAAGCCUUUGGUGGCGCUUUAAGCGCACUUAGCGCUUCGCAAUCUAUCAACCCACCUCUACGUAUUGCAGAAGAGCCUCUUGUGUUUGCGCAGACUUUUAGCACCUUAGUUGCCGUAGCCACCGUCACGACCGUCGCGUGCUACCAGCUACGCGGCUGGGCAAUGCAAACAUGGAUCAUGCGGUGAAAGCGACACGUGGCCGACCAUGGAAUACGCUGCGCUUCGAGAACGACGAACUGGAAUGCCUCUAUCAACGUUACACGCUCAAAUUGCAGCGCUUUUCGGUGCUGGGCGUGGUUGCGUUGGUGGUGGUGUUGUGCGGUGUCAUGGCGGCGCUGUCAUUGGCCUACAAUAAUGCGCCCACCUUUCAUAAUAUUUUCAACUCCAUUGUGUGCCUGCUAUUUGCAAUUAUCCUAAUUCUGCUGCAAUGUCGCGUCAUCAAGGAUCAUCACCUGCCAAUUCUAUGCUAUGGUAUACUGCUCUUUGCCGCUGUCAUCUGUUUUGUUUCGAUGCCAACACUGGGCAGUGUAUUUCCUGUGGACACAAAGGAGGUCAUGGCCGAAGGUGUGUGGCAAAUUGUUUUUGUUGUCUUUUUGGCAUACGCCAUGAUGCCACUACAAAUAUGGGAAGCAGUUUGCUUUGGUAUUGUUUUGCCCUCAGUGCAUAUUAGUUUAACGGUGUACAAAAUUAUUACGGAUUCAUUUCGUUACUUGGAAUAUAAUCAGCUUAUUGCCAACAUUGUAAUGUUUAUCGGUGUUAAUGUUGCCGGUUUGGUCGUAAAUAUUAUGAUGGAACGUGCCCAACGACGUGCAUUCCUAGAUACACGCAAUUGUAUUGCCGCCCGCUUGGAAAUUCAGGAUGAAAAUGAGAAACUGGAAAGACUUUUGUUGUCGGUUCUACCUCAGCAUGUUGCGAUGCAAAUGAAAAAUGACAUACUCUCACCUGUUGCUGGUCAAUUUCACCGAAUUUACAUACAAAAACACGAGAAUGUGAGGUUGUGA